GGGAGCAGCGGCGGCAGCGCCAACAGCUGCAGCGACGGCGGCAGCCCAGCCUUGACUGCAGCCGCCACAGCUCGGGACGCCGGCUGCUGGACCCGCCAGCGACGUGCGCCUCGGGGAGGCGGCCUGUGAGAUCUUCCAAUGUAUUGGAAUACAAGUUUCCCUGGUAUUCUCUAACAGUCUCCUGGAUUUCACUGGUUGGACGGCAUUUGAAAUUGGGAUGAAACAGUAAGAGGCUACAUUCAUGGAUAACCAACAAGAUAAAGCUAUUGCUGCCUCAGCCAAUGGAGAAAACAGUCUGAUUAAUGGGGUCAAAGAAAAUGACUCAGAGGACCAGGAUGUGGCAAUGAAGUCAUUUGCAGCUCUAGAAGCUACUACACCAAUCCAACCUAUCCCAGUGGCACAAAAAGAGCCCUCGAUGUUUCCUAGGGGUCUUCUGCCUCUACCAUCUAAGAAGCCAUGUGUGCAGAGUCCUCCAUCUCCUUUGGGCCUGAUCGAAGCACCUGAUCAUUCUGCUAAUAGUGCUUCUGUGAAUGCCAUCUCCCUCACAUCUGGAGUUGCAAAAGGCCUAAAUACAUGGUCACUGCCCAGUGAGUGUGAGAAAGCUCCAUUUGCUAUAAUGGAGCCUGCAGGCAUGUCAGCUCUGAAUGGAGACUGCCUCAUGCAGCCAAGCCGGACUUGUUUAGGUUGCUUCAUGGAAUCAAAAGAAGCAGUAGACCCUGAACCAGGGAUCAGUCUGAAAGUCAGUGAUCUAAAUAGAGAUUAUGAAACUUGUGCAGUCUCUGAUAUAGGGAUUCAAUGCAUUAAUGCUGGGGAAAAUAUAAAAUAUGGAGAGCAGCUGCUUUCAGACCAGCUAUUAGGCUUCCCUCUGCAUAAAUCAAGGGCAGGAGAUAGACGAGAAACUGAAAAACCUGACAUUGACUUGGAAGAUCCAACUCAGAAAAGUUAUUAUGAGGCAUUACUAUUAGAUAAGUGCAAUACCGAAGAAGCUUUACUGGCAAAUUCCAAUCAGGAUUGGGGUUACUUUGAGACUUUUAUUAGUGAGAGUAAGAUUGAACUACUUGACCUCUGUUCCAAGAAUGAACUAUCUGUUAACCUUUUCUCUGAAGAAGAUGUGGAUAACUAUAUGUUUGAUGAUGAUGAGUCAACACUAGGCAGUGAUGUCUGCUCCCUCAAAAUUCGAUAUGAGUCCUUUCAGGACAAUGUUCGAGACAAGACCACCCUUCUGAUGCAGGAAGAUGCCCAAUUCAAUUUUUUCCCCAGUGUCUUUACUACAUGUCCCAAGAGGGAAUCUAAGAGUGGAAUCCUCAAGCAGAGCAGUGAUCUUUCUCAAUUCAAGGUCCCUGAUGUGAGCAUCAUCUGGGGAGAGGAAGAUAAAAACUUGGACAAGAAGAAAGGCAAAGAGGAAAUACAUGAAGACAAAAGUGUAGAGAAAAAAGAUGAAAAAGAUAAUGAAGAAAAGCCUGAAUUAAAUAAUAAACCAUGUAGUGGGCUUGAGGUAGAGCAAUUUAAGAACCUAAAGCCGGACCAUCUUACUAAUUCCCUGGAAACAUCAGGGAAUUUCAGUGAUGACAGUUCCUUCAUUGAGGUCUCAUAUGACGCCAUGGGGGAGAUCAAAGACUGUAGCCGCUAUAUGGCUCGGGACACUAAUUCUGGAAGCUCAUCCUCCCAGCAGAACUAUGGGCUGAGAGCCAAGAGAAAAGUCAGAUACAGCGAAGAUUAUCUAUAUGAUGUUGACUCACUAGAAGGGGAAAAAGUAAAUGAGAGGAAGGAAUGGCCUCCAGGUGGUUCCAAAGAAGAAGAUGAUGAUGAAUGGUGUCCCAAGAAGAGAAGAAAAGUAACCCGUAAGGAGCCUCCUGUUAUUAUCAAAUAUAUCAUUAUCAAUCGCUUUAAAGGUGAGAAGAACAUGCUGGUGAAGCUUAGUAAGGUAGAUGCCAGUGAGACAACAGUAAAUCUGAGUGAGAACCAGCUCAGUAAGUAUGCCAAGUUAUCACCUUUGAAGGGCUUUUGGCAAAAGAAGAAAAAGCCGAGAAACAGCAACACAGACUCCAUCAAAACGCCCUUAUGCCAAAAGCCAAGUUUUGAGCCAGGUAGCUUUGAGGUGUCAUUCCUGCCACCUGCUCGUAAACGAAAAUCUAAGCUUGGCAAUAGACACAGGAUUCAAAGGAUCCAAUCGAUGGAAACUUCAGCAAGCAGUAAGCAGGUGCCACUCUGCAGUGAUCAGAGACAAGCUAGUAAUCGCAAAGAAGAAGGUGGCUUAAAAUGUACAUCAAAGUCAGCACCUCUUGCUGCUUCAAGCUGCACCAGUGGAUCACAUUUACGUGGCAUCAUAGUCCCUGACUCAGUGAAAGUCAAAACCCAAGACACAGAGUUUAAGGGGCCAGAGAGGAAAGUGCUCAACAAAAUUAAAUUUAAAAGUGAAGCUAGAUUAAAAUCCAAAAAAAUAAAAACUGGACAAGAGAACAAACCAGCUCAAAUGAGCCCUGUCUUAGAAGACCAACCCUCCAAGGCGAAUUUAAAAAAUGAAGUCAUUCCUGGAACCUCAAACAAUUCCCAUCUGUCUGAAUUUCACGAGACAAAGGUUGUUAAGAAUUCCACUUUCUUGCCAACCACCUGCUCUUCUGAAAUGCCUUUAUCUUCUGCUAAUGUUGCCACGAAUAUACCUGUUAUCCCUGGAGGGUAUUUACAAACACUGUUAGAUGCUUCUGACUUGUCAAAUAAUUCUAGCAUCUCAUACUUCACCAACCAUUCUCCAGAGCAAAAUGAAGGCAGCCUUACUCAAACAGAAAAAUCAUUUGUCCCUCUCCAGUCUGCUCAGGACUGUGUGCUGCCCUCAUCUUCUGAGUCUGAGCUGCAACCAUCGUCUCAUAACUUCAAACUGGAAGCAAGCAACUAUGGAAGUAUGUGGUCCAACAAGGCUACAUCUGACCCCCAGGAGUUCAUGACUGAAGUCUCAAGGGAGAUAGCCACAAACCAAUCCAGUGAAUUCGAAGCCUCCCAAGUAGUCUCCAUGGAGAAUAACCUCACAACUAUAACAUACAGUCCUGUCUGCCUCAGUAGUGGUGGUAGUGGUUGCAACAAGGUUCUUUAUGCCUGUGUGCAGGACACCCAUCUCCCAUCUGAUGACUCUUAUCAAUUGUGUCACUUUAAUAAUGGAGAGAUAUGCUUUCCUUUCCAGCAGGCUCCAGUCAGUGCAGAUGAUGACGGCCGGCUCUUUAGCUUUGAUUCCAUGACUCCCCUUUCUGUCAGUUCAAGCAAUUAUUGUUCCUUAAGCUUGAAAUCCUGUGAAAAGGAUGGUGAUGAUGAUAUCACCGAUGACUUCUUGGCCCACUGCAGCCCCAAACUGGUGAUCCAGCAGAGCAUUGAUGAGAUAGCACCACUUAAGGAGUCCACUGACCUCCUCGAUAUCUCCAACUUCACUCCUGACAAGUUCCGCCACUCUUCCCUCUCAGAAAUGUCUCCACCGGACACACCCAGUCUUUCUCCUCAGAGUACCAGAUGUGAGAGUAUCAAAACAAUGAAAGGAUUCCAAGAGGGUGUCCCAGGAUCAUUGGGCAGCAUGGAGAAAAUCAAGUGGGACUGUAGUACCCUUUCACAACAGGUCCAAGCAGAUGAUGGCUUUACAUUAAAUAACCAUCAGUUUCAGUUCCAUAUGUUCAAUGAUGAGGACUCUGUUGGCCUGCUCCAAAAAAACCCUUGCCUGUCAACAUUUGAUGAGUCAGCUGGGCAAAUUAGUACCAACAACAAAGUGUCAAAAUCAAGAAAGAAAAUUUCACCUGGCAAGAGUGGGGCUGUGAGCCAAAGUUCUUCUCAGAAAAACACCAGGAAAAAGUCCCCAAAAUCCAGCAACAAAGGGGUUGAAAAGACACCUAGCAAAACCUCCCGCCAGGUUCCUAAAUCAGCAAAGAAAGGGAAAUACGUGGCUGCUGUCAAUGGAGAGAAAAUGCAGAUUGGGAUUGGCCGUAGUGGGGGCCAGCCCAACAGUAUAUCCUCUAGUGGAAAGAUGCUGACUGAAUGUAUUCAACAUGGUGGUCCUGUUGCCCCUGUGAAGAUGCCAAGUCAGAAGGGACUUUCUGGAGACUGGGCUUUGGGAAAGGAAAGCAGACCAGGCUGGAAUGACAUGAGUGUAGUCACUAAUACCAACAACCUUCUGGAUGAUGACCAACGGGAAUUUCAAGAGCCUUCCUAUAUCUUGUCCAACAUUGCCUCUGGUAUGGCAGAUGUGCAGAGAUUCAUGAUGGCCUCCAUAGAGCCCCUUUGGGAACCCAUGGAGCACCAAGGGGAGUCCACCACAUUCUACUCCCCUGAUUCCAAUAGCCUAAAAUUAAAAACCCUCAAAAUACUCGCUGGGACACCACAAGAAUCUAAGAAAAAGGUUAAUAAUGGGUCAUCAGGAGCUACUAAGAAUCACAGGUCAAUCAAAAGUGUGAGCAAAAGCAAUGGGAAAGGAGCAAUUGCUGAUCCUGGUCGUGCAGACAUGCCUGGUUAUAAUGAGGACUCUCAAUCUGCCUUCUUUGAUAAAAAGUACAGUAACAUGAGCACUUUAGGCAGUAAUGGACCAACACACAAAAAAUUAUAUCGUCACAAAUCCAGCUCCAAGACCCUGCGAGAUGAGAAAUAUAAGGGAAAGCGUGUGGAACGAGAACAGAUCCACAAGGAUGAGGCUGGGACAGCUUCUUUUGAAAAACUGAGGGAUUCCAACUAUGAUCUCCUAAAAGCAGAAACAGCAUUUGGGGUUUUACCUGUGUUUGAAGAAGAGACUCACAUUUUCCAGAAAGACAUUUGAUGUUUGUGUUUUAUUUCUUUCAAAAUAAGCUUUGUGGUAUGUAUGUUGACCUGUCAGUGCUUAAAGAAAAAAAUUAAAUUGUGGGAAUAAGUCUUUGAAAUCAAACUUUAAUCUGAUGUUCUGUGUAAAAGACUUUAAAAGUCAUACAGUUGCACAAGUAGUUUAUGCACUGUUUGCCCACAAGGAAAAAAUGGAAAACAUUGUGCCAAACUACAAAUAAGUAACUGUACUGUAUAUAGUUUUACUUCUAUAUCAACAUUUGGUUGUGAGUAUUUGGGGGGACUUGUCCCUGUUAAUUUACUAGAAACAUUCCAGUGAUUCUUGCUAUUAACCACCCCCACUUUUGUGGAUAGCACCUGUAGAUCACAGUGGAAAAAUAUGUUGUGUUAUAAAAUUUACCAAAACAAAGGAAAAUGUUUGAAUUGUGCCAAAUUUUCUUACCUCAUCUCACACAUUUACCCCAUCAUCAGUUUAAAGCUCAUCAGUGAUUAUUAAAUAUAUAUAUACACACUCACACGUGUAUGCAAUAUGCAUGUGUGUUUACAUACAUACACACAUAUACACAUACAUUCUUUAAUGUUUUAAACUCUAUUAUCCUGUGUGGAAACAUAGACAGUUAAACAAGGCACAAUAAAGAUUUGUUCGUUCCAUUGACUAAGGAUUAAAAUGUUGGAAAAGCUUGAAGGUCACAACAGCUAAGUCCAUCAGGGACAGAGUAUGCACAUUUACAGAACCUUGUACAAGGAAAUAAAACAGCUGCUUUGAAAGUUUGUUUUCCAAAGCAAAAUCUGUAACGGAAAGUAAUUUAAAGUACAAAGUUAUAUUGCUGAUACUUUAUAUCUCAGUUUUAUAUAUUUUAUAAUAGCCUGGGAUAAAUUAUAAAAUAGCUAUAAAAUUGACACUAAUAAUAAAUGAAAUACAUAGAUUGCUUUUAUUUAAGUAGUUUCCUAAAUGUUUUAUUCCAGUUUUGUCAAAAGUGCACUCACAACAUGGCUUUAGUGUUCUUUAAAUGUUAAUCUUGCAAUGCCAAUGUCAUUUUUCAAAAUGGCAUCUCAGAUUGACAAAAUUUUCCUUCCUAUGAUUAAAUUCAUAUACUAUCAGGUAAGCUGAACAAUGUGUGGAAACAACUAAUUUAGGCCAUCUAUACAUAGUCUGAGGAUGACUACUCUUUGAUACCAUACAAUAAACAUAAAUCUCAAGUAUUAAUCAUUUUUAAAGUCACAUUUUUGGUUCAGCCCUCCCUUCCACUACAUUUAAAAGACACUUUUUCACAGUUCCAGCAUUCCUCACUUCUAGCCUUUUCUUCCCCUUUAUUCACCACUUGACUUCUAACAUUUGAUCUCUUUUCCUUGCACAGUUAAAGGCCUAUGUGCCUGAUGACUGAUGCAUUGUGGCACAGAUGAGAAAAUGGAUGUGAAAGCGCUUUGUAGAUCAUAAAGUGCUAUACCAAUAUAGGGGAUUAAGAUUAUUAAUGUUGUUGGUUGUUGUUGUUGUACUAUUCUUACUAAUAUUGUUACUAACCUAUUAACUUGUGAAUAUAGAGGCUGGGGUGGGAGGGAGGAGGAUAAG